GCCGUCUCCACCGUUCGUCUGUUAUCAUCGACUCAAACGGCCUGGCCCGGGUUCAUUCCCUCACCGCCUGAACUCUGACAACAGUGGCGACGGUGGUGGCAAUGGGAACAAUGGCGGACGAGGGCUUCGCAGGACGCUACCAAGUGCUGGAGGAGCUCGGGCGUGGCAGCUUCGGCGUCGUGUACAAGGGUAUCGACAAGGCGACCGGGGAGACGGUUGCAAUCAAGCACAUCGAUCUCGAGUCGAGCGAAGACGAUAUCCAGGAAAUCCAACAGGAAAUUUCGGUGCUCAGUACGUGCGCCAGCAACUAUGUCACGCAGUACAAGGCGAGCUUCCUGCGCGGACACAAGCUCUGGAUUGUCAUGGAGUAUCUGGGCGGCGGAUCCUGCCUGGACCUGCUGAAAUCGGGCGCCUUCAACGAAGUCCAGAUUGCCAUCAUCUGCCGGGAGCUGCUGUUGGGCCUUGAUUACCUGCAUUCCGAAGGCAAAAUACACCGCGACAUCAAGGCCGCCAAUGUGCUCUUGUCCGACUCCGGGAAGGUUAAGCUCGCCGACUUCGGUGUUGCGGCGCAGCUGACCUACAUGAAGUCGCAGCGGAACACCUUCGUCGGCACCCCCUUCUGGAUGGCCCCGGAGGUGAUCCAGCAGGCCGGCUACGACUUCAAGGCCGACAUCUGGUCGCUCGGAAUCACCGCCAUCGAACUGGCACAGGGUGAGCCACCACAUGCCAGCCUGCACCCCAUGAAGGUCCUCUUCCACAUCCCGAAGAACCCUCCGCCGCGGCUCGAGGGGAAAUUCAGCAAGGAGUUCAAGGAUUUUGUGGCGCAAUGCCUGGUCAAGGAUGCCGACUUCCGGCCGACGGCAAAGGAACUCCUGAAGCAUCGCUUCAUCCGGUCGGCCGGCAAGGUGGAAGCCCUGCAGGAGUUGAUCCAGCGCAAGCGGCUUGCCGAUGCGAGGGCCGACCACGCGAAGCUCCCCGUGUACUACCAGGAGACUCUGCGCACCAUCUCUCCGAAGGACGAGGCGGACGAGUGGGUGUUCGAGACGGUCAAGUCGGUCGUCCCGCGCCGGGGCACCGUUCGGUCCAGGAAACCGUCAUCUGCCUUCGCCGUCGAGGAUGCGAUGCACAAGCUGGAUCUCAAGGAUGGGCCGCUGCAGCCAUCGACGCCAGGAACGGUGCGGAAGGCGACGGUGCGGCGGCAGCCGUCUUCGGCCUCGCGCCAGAACUCGGUCAGGCGCCACGUCUCCAACGGGUCCCCUCGGGCGUCUCUCGCGCCCAAGCGCCCUCUUCAACCAGACCUGUCUUUCGGAAACUCGGGUUCGACCAUGCGUCUGUUCCGCCGCGUGCCCUCGGACGGCUCCAACCCAGGCUGCCUCGCUUCCUCACCCCCGGAGUUCGCUAACGAAAACCAACCUCCUCCCGCAUACCAAGCGCCGGUCGAGCCAAACAGCAAAGAGGCGAUGCUGGGCCGCCGCCUGUACAACAAAGCCCUCGAGCCGUGCCUCGACGAGCUCCACGCCCAGACGGCCGCUUCGUCCAAGCGAGAAGCUCUCGCCAGGCUGUCCGACGCCUUCGCGUUUCUCGACUCGGUCGACCCCGAAGGGGCCUACCAUUUCAUCCGCAACCUCGUCUCCGCUGUCUCCCAGGACAACAAGCUCACCAAUGCCUUCCUCCCGCAACACCAGAGCACCGCCCCACUGGCAAAACCCCCCAGCGACGGCACUCCGCAGGGCACUGUCCUGAUCAAAUCCCGCGCGACCCCGCCCUCCUCCUCCAGCCCCACCUCCGGCGCAGCCGUCCCUCCUCCGCCUCCUACUCCCGCAACGCCACCUGUCCCGACGAGCCCCACAAAGCUCAUCCUCAGCCAGGAUAACCCCCACCUGAUGAGCCACCACCGCCGGAGGGGCAGCAUGCUCCCCCCGCCCCCGCCCCCGCCGCCCUCUUCCUCCUCCUCCUCCUCGGCGGACGGGCCGCGGUCGCCCGACCGGGACCGGGACCGCGAGCGCGAGCGCGACAGAGAAAAGGAGAGAGAGAAGAUGGCCAUGGCCGCGCUCGAGGCCCGGUUCCCCGGCCGCCCCGCCGUGCCCGGCAUGGAGCACUGCAAGGCCCUCUCGGACCUGCUGUAUGCCCGCUGGACCGACGGGCUGCGGGCCCGCUGGGGCGUCGUCGGUGGGGCUUGAUCGCCGCCUCUCCUUCCCCGGUCCGGGCUGUGCCUACGUGGUGGUGGGAGGGGUGGCUUGAUCGCCGGCCCCCCACCGGGUUGUGCUUACUUGGUGGUGGGAGGGGAAAGGCUUGUGGUGUGUGACGGUGACGGGCUGAGCGGUGGGAGGGAGGGAGGAAGGGAGCGAAGCGAAGGAG